AAUUCUUCGCGCGAAAAAAGCCACUCAGCUCCUCUUCAUAGCUCAACCGAGACCCACUCGCACUCACAUUCACGCACACAACACACUCCUCAAACCGCCGCAAUCGUCUUCACUCUUCACCCUCAUGGCUUCCUCAACACCACUCAGCCGAAGAAGAACCCGCGCCCCCAAACCCUCACGCCGCCGCCACCACGACUCCGACUCCGACUCCGACGUCGUCUGCAUCGAGUGCGGCUCCGGCGAGUACCCAGCCGAGCUGCUCCUCUGCGACAAAUGCGACCGCGGCUGCCACCUCUUCUGCCACCGACCCAUCCUCGUUUCUGUCCCUAAAGGCUCUUGGUUUUGCCCCUCUUGCUCCCAUGACAAACCCAAAUCUUUUCCUCUUGUGCAGACCAAAAUCAUUGAUUUCUUCCGAAUUCAACGAUCGCAGGAUGCUCCCGCGGUGUCGAAUCAAGAUUCCCGGAAGAAGCGAAAGCGUAGCAGCUUGUCCGUGUCGAAGAAGAAGCGGAAGCUGCUGCCAUUCGUCCCUAGUGAGGACCCUCAAAGGAGAUUGGAGCAGAUGGCGUCGCUUGCGACGGCGUUGACGGCAACUAAAGCAGAAUUCAGCAAUGAGCUUAGUUACAUGCCUGGAAUGGCACCGAGGUCUGCUAACUGUGCUGAUUUGGAGCAUGGGGGAAUGCAGGUCAUGUCAAAAGAAGACUCCGAGACUUUAAACUUGUGCAAAAGUAUGACAGAAAGAGGAGAAUGGCCACCCCUCAUGGUUGUUUUUGAUCCUGUAGAAGGGUUCACUGUAGAAGCUGAUAGAUCCAUAAAAGAUUUGACAAUAAUAACAGAAUAUGUUGGAGAUGUAGAUUUUUUGAAGAAUAGGGAAAAUGAUGGUGGGGAUAGCAUUAUGACUCUUCUUUCAGCUUCUGAUCCUUCACAAACACUUGUCAUCUGUCCAGACAAACGUAGCAACAUAGCACGUUUCAUUAAUGGCAUUAACAACCACACACCGGAAGGAAAAAAGAAGCAGAAUUUAAAGUGUGUGAGAUUUGAUGUUGAUGGUGAAUGCCGGGCUCUUUUAAUUGCUAACAGAGAUAUACGAAAAGGGGAGAGAUUAUACUAUGACUACAAUGGCCUUGAACAUGAAUAUCCAACUCAACAUUUUGUCUAAUUCGGGGUCCCUCUGUCGAUAAUCUAAUGUAAGAAAUGAUUAAACUGGGAAUAAUAAGCUCAGGAUUUUGUCCACUAAGUCUAUUAACUGAUUCAUCUUGAAAGCAUUACCCGCAGCAUUGGCGAGAGGAAGGAAGAACUUGGAAUUUUUAAGUAGUUGCUUUAUUGGGGUCGGGCGUGUAUCAUGUUUAUUCUACACAUGUCGUUGUAUCCUUCUGGUGUAUUUGUUCUGAUUAUUUAUUGAAUUUGUUUUACAGAUACAAGUCAAACCCAUUGAUUAAUGAUAGAAGUUUAGUAUAUAA